GAAUGAGUCGACGGUGUUGUUGAUAUUGGCCAGGAGCACUAUAAAAGUUUACUACUAUAACAUGGCAGUAUUGUCAACCUCUUCAAAUGCUUGUUUUCAGAUGGAGUCUUGAAACCAUCUGAUGACUGUGCGCUUCAUUUGAUUUGUAUCUCUGGUAGGGAGUGCACUUGCCCAACCGUUGGAAAAAGGCAGCAAAAGAGGCUGUCAGGAUGACUCGUGAUAUCAUUCUUGGAGAUGAACUUCCUGACUGGGUUGGGGCAAAAGAGUUCUAUCAGAAAUAUGAUCCUAAAGAAGUGAUUGGCAGAGGUGUGAGCAGUGUGGUGCGCAGAUGUGUGCACAAACAAACAGGGCAGGAGUUUGCAGUGAAGAUCAUUGAGAUUACUGCAGAAAAAAUGACAGAACAGCAAUUAGAGGAGGUGAAGAGUUCCACGCUGAAAGAGAUCCAUGUGCUCAAUGUGGUUAAGGACCACCCAUCCAUCAUCACACUUAUUGAUUCCUAUGAGUCAACAACCUUCAUAUUUUUGGUCUUUGACCUAAUGAGAAGAGGAGAACUUUUUGAUUACUUGACUGAAAAAGUCACACUCAGUGAAAAGGAAACCAGGAGUAUGAUGCGUGCUCUUCUUGAGGCUGUCCAGUAUCUACAUUCUCUAAAUAUAAUACAUAGAGACCUCAAACCUGAAAACGUUCUGCUAGAUGACCAGGGACACAUCAAACUAUCUGACUUUGGAUUUUCAGUCCAGCUGGAGCCUGAAGAAAAAUUAAGAGAGUUGUGUGGAACUCCAGGUUACCUGGCACCAGAGAUUCUGAAAUGUUCCAUGGAUGAGACGCAUGAGGGAUAUGGGAAAGAGGUUGAUCUGUGGGCUUGUGGUGUGAUCCUGUUCACACUUCUUGCUGGAUCUCCACCGUUCUGGCAUCGUAAACAGAUGCUCAUGCUGAGAAUGAUCAUGGAAGGUCGUUACCAUUUUAGUUCUCCGGAGUGGGACGACAGGUCUGACACUGUCAAAGACUUGAUCUCAAGGCUUUUAGUGGUGGAAGCCUCACUUCGCCUCACAGCCGAGCAAGCCUUAGCUCAUCCCUUCUUCUGUCAGUACCAAAAGGAGGAGAAGCCGCUCUUCAGCCCCAGGAAGACAUUUAGGGUCCUGAUCUUGACCGUGUUAGCCUGUAUUCGAAUGCACUGCCACUACUACAGAGCCAGACCAUUAACAAGGGAAUUCUUGGCAAGAGACCCUUAUUCCAUCCGUGGUGUGCGCAAGCUUAUUGAUGGCUGUGCUUUCCGCAUAUAUGGACACUGGGUCAAGAAAGGACAGCAACAGAACCGUGCUGCUCUGUUCCAGAACACAGCUAAAAUCAUUCUACUGGGCCUUGAAGACCUUGAAAACUAAAUGUUUUUUUUUCCUGUUUCUAAAGAUAUUCCUUGCCUGUCCAUUAACAGUUUUAUUGUUUUGGUUUGGGACUAUACCCAUCCAAAAGGUGCACAAAACAGAAUUAUUUAUAGAUUUUGUUUUCCUUUCUUUUAAGGAGUGGCGGUGCUUUUAUUUGAUUUCCAACAACAUGUCAUGUGACCUCACUUUAACCACUCAUUGUGCUUUUUGGUAUUUUUUUAUGUUCUUGUUUUAUCAUAUAUACUCAUUAGUGUUAUCAUUUCAAAUUACUGAUAAUAUGGACCAGCUUUUAAGUCAAAUUCUGUUUUUCUUUUGAAUUGUCACCUGUACUGAUUACUAAACGUUUGUCUCACAUUCAUUACCUAUCAUAUUGAACAGAUCUUAUUUCAUAAUCAAGCUUUCUAGUUCAAUUAAUAUGCAUCCUUUGACUGUUUUGUGACACAAAGCACUUAUUUAGAUUUUUCAAAAUCAUUUCCAGGUUCCAAACUAAACCACAGAUGGACUUGAAGCAUUUAACAAUGUAGAGUGGACAGUGGAAAGAGUUUAAGACUUUUAAUACAGAGGAAACCUUACUUGAAAUAUAGCAUUACUGAUGUAUGACUCCACUGAGAGUUGUGUAUAAUGGUUGUAUUUCUUUUUAUUGUGGAAUGAUUCCACUAAAUAUGUUUUACUACUUGUUGACUUCUCACAGUUUACCAUACAAGAGCCAUUCGUCAUCAAGGUACUGUACUGAUUCUAAACAGGUAUACAUAGAUUCAUAAUAUAUC